CAUGCCGUCCGCUGCUGGAAACUGUCGUAAAAUAACAACACAGCGCUUAUUUUUUUAUUCCCAUAAAUUCCCUGUCCAUAAGAAAAUAAUGUAAAACGUUGGACGCUGUCUCUAAGGAAAAGAGCGUUUAAAAAAUGCUUCCGACAUCAAUAAUUCUAAUAUUUUCCAACAACUUUUACUAUAAAUAGACAGUAUAAUUUCUGCAAAAACGUUAAGAUAAAAAUGAUUUACAAUACAUCAGGGAACUCUCGGAACAGUUUAUUCGUGACGAUCAGUCCUUUGCGCAGAUCUACAAGAGAGGGGCAAUUUGUAUCCCCACUAAAUCCGGUUAAGGUUUCAGGAUAGUUUAGGAUGACUUCAGUGAUCUCUACGGGCGAUAUCAGGAAGUGCAACAGGUGAAAAACUAUUCAUUCUCGCAAUGCGCUGUCGUCGUUCCCGCUAACACGCAAGCUAGCCACGGAAGGUGCACUUCUGGAAGAGAACUCUGCCUGGAUUUGGGAAGUUCGAGGAAUUGAGAAAUAAGAAUUAUUCUCACGCAACAGAGAACCUGCCGCCAUGGUCGACAACUUGAGUAACUCCAAUGUAAAGGUCGCUGUUCGACUCCGACCAAUGAACAGAAGAGAAAAGGAUCUGAAGACUAAAUGUGUGGUGGAGAUGAACGGGAACCAGACCGUGUUGAAUCCAGCUAGUCAGAACCUGAGCAAGGGAGACCCCAGGAAUCAGCCUAAGGUCUUUGCUUAUGACCACUGCUUCUGGUCCAUGGAUGAGGCCGACACAGACAAGUUUGCAGGUCAAGAUGUCGUGUUCCAGUGCCUUGGAGAAAGUCUUCUGGACAAUGCCUUCUUGGGCUAUAAUGCCUGUAUCUUCGCUUAUGGACAGACAGGCUCAGGGAAGUCGUACACCAUGAUGGGUUCGUCAGAGCAGCCAGGUCUGAUCCCGCGGCUGUGCAGCUCUCUGUUUGACCGGACCCUACUGGAACAGAGGGAGGGAGAGAGCUUCACUGUCGAGGUCUCCUUUAUGGAGAUCUACAACGAGAAGGUUCGGGAUCUACUGGAUCCCAAAGGAAGUCGUCAGUCCCUGCGAGUGAGGGAACACAAGGUGUUUGGGCCUUACGUUGAUGGUCUGUCCCGUCUGGCUGUAGCCUGCUACAAGGACAUAGAGUGUCUGAUGUCAGAGGGUAACAAGUCUCGUACAGUAGCAGCCACCAAUAUGAACGAGGAGAGCAGCAGGUCCCACGCCGUCUUCAACAUCAUCCUCACACACACAGUCACGGACCUGGGUUCUGGGACGAGUGGUGAGAAGGUCAGUAAGCUGAGUCUGGUGGAUCUGGCCGGCAGUGAGAGAGCUGCUAAGACUGGAGCUACUGGAGAGAGAAUGAAGGAAGGAAGCAACAUCAACAAGUCUCUAAGCACCCUGGGCUUGGUGAUCUCAGCGCUGGCAGACCAAGGAGCAGGGAAGAACAAGACCAAGUUUGUUCCCUACAGAGACUCAGUUCUGACCUGGCUACUCAAGGACAGUCUGGGUGGUAACAGUAGGACAGCCAUGGUAGCCACGGUGAGUCCAGCAGCUGAUAACUAUGACGAGACGUUGUCCACGCUGCGCUACGCUGAUCGGGCUAAGAGCAUCGUCAACCACGCCGUCGUCAACGAAGACCCCAACGCACGCAUCAUCAGAGAGCUACGGGAGGAGGUGGAGAAACUACGAGACCAGCUCACUGAGGCUGAGUCCAUGAAGGCUCCAGAUCUGAAGGACAGGCUGGAGGAAUCGGAGAAGCUGAUCCAGGAGAUGACUGUUACGUGGGAGCAGAAACUACGCAAGACUGAGGCUGUCGCUCAGGAGCGUCAGAAACAGUUGGAGUCUCUAGGUAUCUCUCUCCAGUCGUCUGGUAUCAGAGUGGUAGAUGACAAGUGUUUCCUUGUCAACCUCAACGCUGACCCCGCCCUCAACGAACUGCUGGUCUACUACCUAAAGGAGCACACGCGUGUUGGCUCUGCUGACUCUCAGGAUAUUCAGCUGUGUGGUAUGGCCAUCCACCCUGAGCACUGUGUCAUCAACAUCACCGCUGAGGCUGGAGUGGUUCUCACACCGCACCGCAGCGCACGUACGUGUGUGAAUGGUUCUUCAGUCACCAACCCAGUCCAGCUUCACCAUGGCGACCGCAUCCUGUGGGGAAAUAACCACUUCUUCAGGAUCAACCUGCCCAGACACCUGGCCCAUGCGGGGGGUGAUGAUGAAGAGGAAGGUGUGAUGAAGAGUUGCCUCAGUACUGACCAGUUAGAGGUGGACUUUGAUACGGCCAGUGACGUCUCCAGCGAGGUCAGCUUCGGAUACGAUUUCGCCCAGACAGAGGUCAUGAUGAAGGGCAUGGGCAACAACGACCCCAUGCAGUCUGUCCUCCAGACGUUGGAGCGACAGCACGAGGAGGAGAAGAGGACGGCUCUGGAGCGCCAGAGACAGAUGUACGAGCAGGAGCUGCAGCAGCUGAGGAAGCGGCUCCCUCCUGCAGAGAAACACACUCUGCUGCUGCAGAGCCCUGGACCCGCAGGCCUGGAGCCAGCCGGAACCUCAGCAGCAGCAGCAGCAUCAUCACCCUGCGCCCAGACACGCAUGCGUCGCUGGAGCGAGGACAGAGAGGCCAUGAUGACUCGUAGCCUGCGUAGACUGAGACAACAGAUCGUCAGAGCUAACCUGCUGGUGCAGGAGGCUGGCUUCAUAGCUGAGGAACUCAACAAGAGGACGGAGUACCUGGUCACACUGCAGAUACCUGCUGCUAACCUCAAUGCCAACAGAAAGCGUGAUGCUGUGCUGAGUGAGCCGGCGGUGCAGGUGAGGCGUAAGGGGAAAGGGAAACAGAUCUGGGCUCUGGAGAAGAUGGAGAACAGACUGGUGGACAUGAGAGAACUGUACCAGGAGUGGAAGGACUAUGACGAAGACAACCCUGUGAUGCGUUCUUACUUCAAGCGUGCCGACCCGUUCUUCGACGAGCAGGAGAACCACAGUCUGAUAGGAGUGGCCAACGUGUUUCUGGCCUGUCUCUUCUACGACGUCAAGCUGCAAUAUGCUGUACCUAUCAUCAACCAGAAAGGAGAGGUGGCAGGGCGUCUCCAUGUAGAGGUGUGGCGGGGGAGCGAGGGGCUGGAGGAGACCACUGCAGAUGGAGAGACUCGCAAAAUGGAGUGUGUGGUGAGGAUCCUGCAGGCUACAGGUCUUCCCCGUCACCUGGGUAACUUUGUGUUCUGCCAGUACCACUUCUGGGGGCAGGAUGAGCCUGUGUUCAUCGCCCCGGAGAUGGAGCCCUCACCUCCGUCAGCCACCAGCAAAGAGCCGCUGUGCACCGUGCUGUUCGACAGUAGCAAGGAGAUGGAGGUGUGUGUGUCCGAGGAGUUUGUGGAGUUUUUGGCGGAAGGGGCAGUGGCCAUCGAGGUGUUCGGACAUAAACAGGUGAACCAUCGCAGGAACCUGGCUCUCUGGGACCUGGGAGUCAUUCAGGCCAAGACACGGACCCUCAGAGAGAGGUGGAGUGAGGUGACUCGUAGACUGGAGCUCUGGGUGCAGGUGUUGGAGCUGAAUGAAGCAGGAGAGUUCACCCCUGUAGAGGUCCUACCACCCAAGGACGUAGGCACUGGUGGCAUCUUCCAACUCAGACAGGGCCAGUCUCGUCGUGUUCAGGUGGAGGUACGGUCCGUACAGGACUCGGGCACCAUGCCUCUCAUUGCCACAGACGUCCUCUCUGUUUCCAUCGGCAACGUGGAGGUUCGGCAGGCCCGCCCUUCGGAUGAGGACGUGGACAGCUAUCAGGAAGUUGAUCUGGAGAGGUUGAGGGACCAGUGGCUGACCACCCUCACUACGAGACAAGAGUACCUGGACCAGCACCUGCAGAAGAUGGUCCAAAAGCCCGAUAAGUCAGAGGAUGACGUGGAGAGGGAGGCCCAGCUGUUAGAAUGUCGUCUGACCCUGACAGAGGAACGUAACGCCGUCCUGGUACCUUCAGCUGGUAGCGGGAUCCCUGGAGCCCCCGCAGAGAGAGUUCCUGUUCCUGGGAUGGAGACUCACAUUCCUGUUGUCUUCCUGGACCUUAGUGCUGAUGAUUUCCAGGACAACCUGUCUGCUCCGCUGGCUGGAGGUCUAGACGCCAUGCUGAACCAGGAGGACGAGGAUGAGUUCUUCGACCUGCACAUCGUCAAACAUUCCGAUGGAGAGGUUGGUGCGGAGGCGUCUUGGGACUCUACGGUACAUGACUGUCCCCAGUUGAGUCGCAGUGUGUCGGCUGACCUCCGAGUGUACCUGACAGUCAGGGUCGUAGUUCAGCUCUCACACCCUGCUAAUAUGCAGCUGGUCCUCAGAAAACGCAUAUGUGUCAACCUAGCCGGACGACAGGGUUGGGGUCAGAGUCUGAUGAAGAGGAUGUCUCAUCGUAGCACCAUCCCUGGCUGUGGAGUCACCUUCGAGAUCGUCUCCAACAUACCCGGGGAUGUCCAGGGUCCAGAGGAUAGAGAGAUGCUGGCCAGACUAGCAGCUAGUGUGGAUGUCCAGGAUGUCCAGUCAGCGGACAGUGAGGCGGCCAUAGAGAAGUACCUCCGCAGUGUCCUGGCUGUGGAGAAUAUACUCACCCUGGACCGACUACGACAGGAAGUUGCAGUGAAGGAGCGGUUGUCUGUCAAGACCAAGUCUCCCAGACGUGCUCUCAGCUCUCCUAAUGUGAACCGGCUGUCAGGAUCCUGGAGCAGACAGGACCUGUCCUCCAACCACAGGCUACAUGACAACAAGGGCUGGUCCGAAAGUCACCAGGACCUGUCAGUUGUUCCUUCCCCGUCCCACUCCAGACGUACCCUCCCCAGCUCCAUUCUACCUCUGGGCCAGAACAUCCUCCCUGACACUGUCAAGGCUCUGGUCCCUCCUGUCCCCAAACUGCUCAAGUCCCUGUUCUCUGCCAGGGAGGAGAAGAGAGACCUGACUCCUGUCCCCCAGCAGCCUGUCCCUCGGAGCCUGCCUUUCAUCCUAGUGCAGUCACCAAGUGUUGAAGAGGACUUGGAUACCACACUUGGUCGUCACUUGAAAAAUAUGAAGAAAAUAAUGCAGGUUCCCAUUGGGGAAUUCAUCCCCCCAGAGAGCCAAUCAGAGGCCCCAAAAACCAUGCCCCUCCCACCACCCAUCAUCCCGCUCAUCAUCCCUGAGAUGGAAGACCUCAGCCCGGUCAGCGAGGCGUCUACCAGCGUCUCCACGGCAACCCUGUCAGAGCCCUACCUGAUUGGUGGGGACGUCACUCCGUCAGCCAAUCUCAGGCCAGAUGGCUUUGAGGCGAUGCACAGGUCGUUCGAGGCCGACAUCGGUCGGUAUCUUCAUCAUGACUGUAACAUGGCCAACCGGGAGGAAGAGACUCCUCAGAUACCCCAGGCCACUGACCUGGAGGCUUCAGAGACCGAGAGGACUGACACUAGCACACCCCAGGCCACUGACCUGGAGGCUUCAGAGACCGAGAGGACUGACACUAGCACACCCCAGGCAGACAGGACUGACACUAGCACACCCCAGGUAGACAGGACUGACACUAGCACACCCCAGGCAGACAGGACUGACCCUAGCACACCCCAGGCAGACAGGACUGGCACUAGCGCACCCCAGGCAGACAGGACUGACACUAGCGCACCCCAGGCAGACAGGACUGACACUAGCGCACCCCAGGCAGACAGGACUGGCACUAGCACACCCCAGGCAGACAGGACUGACCCUAGCACACCCCAGGCAGACAGGACUGACCCUAGCACACCCCAGGCAGACAGGACUGACCCUAGCACACCCCAGGCAGACAGGACUGACACUAGCGCACCCCAGGCAGACAGGACUGACACUAGCGCACCCCAGGCAGACAGGACUGACACUAGCGCACCCCAGGCAGACAGGACUGACACUAGCGCACCCCAGGCAGACAGGACUGACACUAGCGCACCCCAGGCAGACAGGACUGACACUAGCGCACCCCAGGCAGACAGGACUGACACUAGCGCACCCCAGGCAGACAGGACUGACACUAGCACACCCCAGGCAGACAGGACUGACACUAGCACACCCCAGGCAGACAGGACUGACACUAGCACACCCCAGGCAGACAGGACUGAGACUGAUAAACUCAGAGCAGAAUCUCAUCUCCCAUUAGAACCACACGGCACCUCAGGAGAACCUGAAGAGUCACUGACACAGUCCAUGCCAGACAAGUCUACACAAGUUCACUACAGACUACUACCGUCUGUAGUAUCAGUCCAGUCAGAACAAUCAGUCCAGUCAGAGUCACUGACACAGUCCACACCAGAUAAAUCUACACAUGAACUGUCUAUAGUGUCACAUCAGUCUGAACCACCAGUCCACAUAGAAGAACCAGUCCACAUAGAAGAACCAAUGGAGUCCGAGAUACCUCAGGAACAACCAGAGAUGGAGGUAGAAUUGUCAUCAUCACUGGGCCAGACAGAACAACAUGUCGGCAAGUCUGUAACGGAUCUUCCAGAAUCAGAACUGUCUGCAUCAGAACAGUCUGCAUUUGAUCAACCAGAACCACCGGUAGAAUCGGCACCAGGUCUAAAAGAGUCUUCACCACUGGACCAGUCUCCAACAGCACCAGCCCUGCCACAAGAAUCAGAUCAAGCAGCCACAGAACAGACAGGACUGGGUGAAUCAGCUGGUUCAGAACCAGUACUAGGCCAAACAGAUCAACCAGUAGAAGCAGGUCCAGACCAGUCCCAGCCUCCAUCAGAGCUACCAGAAGAACAAGACCAGCGGGCACCUCUAGACCAGCGGGCACCGGCAGCCCAGUCUGAACAUGCACCUACCCCGGUAGAGCCUCCAGUUGAUGAGCCUGCACCUAGCCAGCAAGCCAAAACACCAGCCCCAAUCCCAGCACCAGUGCAAGCUGUAGCUCCGGUCACUGCCCAUCCAGCUCUGACCUCAACUCCUGCCCCAGCCCCUACACCUGCCCAUCCAGCUUUGACCUCAACACCAGCCCCAGCCCCUACACCUGCCCAUCCAGCUCUGACCUCAACCCCAGCCCCUACACCUGCCCAUCCAGCUCUGACCUCAACCCCAGCCCCUACACCUGCCCAUCCAGCUCUGACCUCAACCCCUGCCCCAGCCCAUCCAGCUCUGACCUCAACCCCUGCCCCAGCCAAAGCCCCUCUUCUAACUGUAAACCCUGUCCCGGCACUAGUUGUCAAAACUCCCACUUCCAGUAGCACAUCAGCCAACGCAUUCAAGAUCCAGAAAGUAAAGACAUCCGACCUGAAGUCCUUCCAACCUAUCUUAGAUGAGGAUGAAGGCCAAGCAGGGGCAGAAGGAGUGGGGGCCAGUAGUCUGGGUGUUGACCUCUCUGUUCCUCUGGAGAGACUAGAGAUCCUCUCCGACUCAGACGAAGGAGCCACCGACGUAGCCACAGCCGUGCCUGACUGGCUGAAGGUGGGGGAGUUUGUGACUGUAGGAACUACUAAAAGUGGUACGGUGAGCUACGUGGGACCUACAGACUUUGCAGAGGGAACCUGGGUUGGAGUGGAGCUAGAUUUACCUGCAGGGAAAAACGACGGGUCCGUGGGUGGAAAGCACUACUUCCACUGUAACCCUGGUUACGGGGUGUUGGUGCGUCCUGAUAGGGUGAGCUGUGGAGGAGUCGGGGGCGGGGCUAAGCAGAAGCGGCGACAGCAGCAGAAGCGUCGCAGUGCUAACCUAUCUGGGUCCAGCCCUAACCUGGCUGCCCUCACUGCCCUAGCCAAGGGAGAUGGGGCUGGGUCCAGUCGCAAGGGACAGAACCGCAAAUCCUGGAACAGCUGAGAGGAGAGAGUAGCAGGGUUGGGGUCAAUUUCAAUUCAGGAAGAAAAUGGACAUUUUCAAUGCUUCUCUGAGAGAAAUGAACUGAAUUGAAAUGGUAUUGAGCCCAACCCUGAAGGGUAGUCUUCUAUGUCGAGUUCCAUAGGGAGAAGAGAGAUCUAGGGUAGUCUUCUCUGUAGAGUUCCAUAGGGAGAAGAGAGAUCUAGCUACACUGAACAAAAAUAUAAACGCAACAAUUUCAAAGAUGUUUAACACUUAUUAUAAUGAAAUCAGUCAAAUUGAAGUGAAUUCAUUCUUAAUUUAUGGAUUUCACAUGACUGGGAAUACAGAUAUGCAUCUGUUGGUCACGGAUAAGUCUUUAAAAAUAAGUAGGGGCGUGGAUCAGAAAACCAGUCAGCCAGCAGCAUACCACCUUGCACCCCACUGCUGGCUGACCUAUGAAGUCCUGGUCAGUCCCUGGAUGGGAGACCAGAUGCUGCAGGAAGUGGUGUUGGAGGGCCAGUAGGAGGCACUCUUUCCUCUGGUCUAAAAAAUAUCCCAAUGCCCCAGGGCAGUGAUUGGGGACACUGCUCUGUGUAGGGUGCCGUCUUUCGGAUGGGGCGUUAAACGGGUGUCCUGACUCUCUGAGGUCAUUAAAGAUCCCAUGGCACAUAUUGUAGGAGUAGGGGUGUUAACCCCGGUGUCCUGGCUAAAUUCCCUAUCUGACCCUCAUACCAUCAUGGCCGCCUAAUCAUCACCAGCUUCCAAUUGGCUCCCUCUCCUCUCCCCUGUAACUAUUCCCUAGGUGGUUGCUGCAAAUGAGAAUGUGUUUUCAGUCAACAUACUUGAUAGAACAAUGGUUAAAUAAAAUGAAUUAAACCAUUUUCCUCAUGCAGCGCGACACAUCUCCUUCACAUAGAGUUGAUCAGGCUGUUGAUUGUUACCUGUGGAAUGUUGUCCCACUCCUCCUCAAUGGCUGUGCAAAGUUGAUGGAUAUUGGCGAGAACUGGAAAACGCUGUCGUACACGUUGAUCCAGAGCAUCCCAAACAUGCUCAAUGGGUGACAUGUCUGAGUAUGCAAGCCAUUGAGGAACUGGGACAUUUUCAGUUUCCAGGAAUUGUGUACAGAUCCUUGCGACAUGGGACCGUGCAUGAUCAUGCUGAAACGGGAGGUGAUGGCGGUGGAUGAAUGGCACGACAAUGGGCCUCAGGAUCUCGUCACGGUAUCUCUGCGCAUUCAAAUUGCCAUUGAUAAAAUGUAGCUGUGUUUGCUGUUCAUAGCUUAUGCCUGCCCAUACCAGAUCCUGGUGAGGACGACAAGCGUGCAGAUGAGCUUCCCUGAGAUGGUUAUUGACCGUUUGUGCAGAAAUCCUUUGGUUGUGCAAACCCACAGUUUCAUCUGCUUUCCGGGUGUCUGGUCUCCGACGAUCCCGCAGGUGAAGAAGCCAGAUGUGGAAGUCCUGGGCUGGCGUGGUUACACGUGGUCUGCAUUUGAGGCCGGGUGGACGUACUGUCAAAUUCUCUAAAAGGGCGUUGAAGAAAUGAACAUUCAAUUAUCUGGCAACAGCCCUGUUGGACAUUCCUGCUGUCAGCAUGGCAAUUGCUUGAGACAUCUGUGGCAUUGUGUUGUGUCAAAACUACACAUUUUAGAGUGGCCUUUUAUUGCCCCCAGCACAAGGUGCACCUGUGUAAUAAUCAUGCUGUUUAAUCAGCUUCUUGAUAUGCCACACCUGUCAGGUGGAUGGAUUCUCUUGACAAAGGAGAAAUGCUCACUAACAGGGGAUGUAAACAAAUUUGUGCACAACAUUUCAGAGACAUUUCUGGGUUCUUUUUAUUUCAGCUCAUGAAACAUGGGACCGACAUUUUACAUGUUGAGUUUAUAUUUUAUGUUGAGUGCAGAAGUUCUGUCUCACUACUGCUGUACAAAUGUACCACGGUCGUAGUCAAUUCAGGAAGGACACUGAAAUUCCAAUUCCAAAUUGGAAUUUCAGUUUACUUCCGUAAAUUGAACUGGAAUUGAUCCCAACCCUGGUCGGUAGUGGUGCAGCUGAAAACCACAACAAUUCAAGAGAUAAGAGGUGCACAUUUAGCUCAUUUUUAAAAGUCCAGCCAUCGAUGGACAGAUAGAAGAGGGGCCCAGUUUAUGAUGCUGCAUCAAUGUGCAAGUCCAUGUAUCUUAAGCUUUCAUACUGUUAUUUCAUAUCAUCUGAAUGUAUUUUGUUUGUUUUUUUGGUUACCAGUCCUGAGUGCCUUACAUGGUCAGAUAGGGCCUCUCAGCUUCUCAUUAAAGUAACUAAUGUGGUUAAGUAAUGUCAUGUGCUUCUGAAGCUUUUUUCACACUGCAGCUCUCUAAUGCUCAAAUCAAUACAGACUGCGUUGUCUUACGUCAGAUCGUGUCACUGCUACGCUCGUCCCUCCAAUCUCAGUGCACACACACCACGUCGUGCUAUACCACCACCCAGUGGGGAAUAUGUGUAAUGACAUUACCACAAAUUAUGUGCCUUAUUUUAUGAACUAUGUUUAUUAACGAUGUUGGUAGAAUAAUCUCAGUGCACACACCACGUCGUGCUAUACAAGUGUCUCAAAUUCGAUGUGUGUUUUCAGACUGUAGUCAUUGGCUGACGUGGUUUUGCUGGUUGUCAAGGUAAUGGCAGGCGUGUGUGCGGUGCUGUUGGCUGAUUUGGUGGCGGUGCUCGUGUUUCCUCUCACUCAGAAUAGCGUGCAGCAAGCUAAGUUGACUGACAACAAUGCCUGCUAUGUAAGUCUCCCAGUUGCUUUGCAUGUUCAAAAUCAUAGCGUGAGAGCACGUAUAAAGCGUCAAAGGAUAAGAUGAUCCAAACAUCAAAACGAGUCAUUUUUGUCUUGCUACAGCGGUCAACUAGGUUGCUGUUUAGUUUGCUAGCACAUACACUAAUUUGUUUGUAAACAAUUAACAAACUACUUAGCUACCACAAGUUUUAGUUGAAACUGUCAACCGAGUAGCAAGCAACAAGAUGUGCCAAAUAAGUCUUAAAAACCACUUGGAAGGAAAAUAAACCAGAUUUGACUGUUCAGACAGAAGUCAUUGCCAGGAAUCUGAUUUAUAUCUGAUUUCAAUUCACCUACGAAUGUGGCUUGAAAUAUCUGAUUCCAUGUGCUUUUUGGGUGUUCCGACUGCAGGGGGGAAAAAACUGAUUAGAAUCGGAUAUGCCUAAAAAAGAAACUGGAUUUGAGUCACUUCAAACUGCUAGUGUGAACAAGGCUUUAGUGGGUAUCAUUGUAUUGGAGUAUAUGGAUGAACCCCAAAUACGUGAUGCCCAAUGGGUUUCUCUAACUAACAAGUAGUGCACCACCCAGUGGGGAAUAUGUGUAAUGACAUUACCACAAAUGAUGUGCCUUAUUUUAUUAACUAUGUUGGUAGAACAGUAAGGCCCUUUUUGUUCAGAGUUUCUGUUUUUUUUCCUAAGGGGGAAUAUACUGUAUACUUGAACUUCUGAACAAGUUUGCACUCUGUCCAUUUUUGUAAUAAUACUACUGAAACUCUGCUCUGUUUUAUCAUUCCGUGUAUCAUCUGUUUGAUCUAGUGUGAUUUGGGGAUAAUGUUGGGAGGGGUAGAAUGCAGACCUGGGAGAAUCAGAAUGAAGUAAAUGGAUGAAGAGCUCUGCAAUGGUUUAGAUAUUGGACACUGGGCUUGUUUUUAAUUUAUGUUUGAAAAUGUUUUUAUACUUGUGAAAUUCAAUCUGAUCUGACUAUGAAUGUUUUUUAAGGCGGGCAAUUAAAAUAUAUAUUAUGGCGGAAGAGACAAAUCUACAUGAUUUUGUUUUAUAUCAAUAUGGUGUUACAAUAAACUUUACUGUUGAUACAUCUUUA